AUGGAUGGAAUCAGAGUAGGUUGCACGGCAUGCGGACUGCCAAAUCCCAAGGGUGCUGAUACUGGUCAAUGUCAAAUACCUCUUGUCGCAUCACUAAUAUAUUACAAAGGACGCAACAAAGUUGUUAGGUUCUUUUUGGUUGGAUCUAAUAAUACUCAAACAAAAUUUAGAGUUUUAAAAAUUGACAGAACUGAGCUGAAAGAAUUAAUUGUAAUUGAUGAUAAGAUGGAAUAUACUCAUAAAGAAAUCAGAGACUUGCUUACAAUGAUAGAUGUUGGUAAUAGACCAAGACCUGGACAAAAAUCAUCAGGUUUAAAUCGUACAGUGUCUGCAUUUGGUAUUGUAGGAUUUAUUAAGUUUUUGGAAGGAUAUUAUAUUAUUCUUGUAACUAAACGUCGUAGAGUUGCUGUAAUUGGACAUCAUACUAUUUACAAGAUUGAAGAUACUAGUAUGGUCUAUAUUCCUAGUGAGGGAGAAAAAUAUUCUAAUCCUGAUGAAGCCAGAUAUGUUAAAAUGUUCCAGAAUGUGGAUUUAUCAAGUAAUUUUUAUUUUAGUGUUUACAACAUUUGA